AUGAUAUUAGCCGACGUUUUCAAGAACUCAGAGUUUGCUCGAUCCUCAGAUUUCACGACAAACAGCCUGGAUGAUCCUGUAGUAGUUCAGUUUGCAGCACACAAUGGCGCCGAUUUAGCAGAUGCCGCAGAGCUUGUAUCCCCUUACGCUGGAGGCAUUGAUAUCAACUGUGGAUGUCCUCAGAAAUGGGCUUAUCAAGAAAAGAUUGGUGCUUAUUUGAUGCAAGACCCUGAGAAUGUCAGAGACAUGAUUCGCACAGUGAAAGGGCGAGUGAAUAUACCCUGUAGUAUCAAGAUCAGAGUGCAUGAUGACCUCAAGACCACAUACGAAUUUGUUAAGCGAGCUGAAUCAGUCGGUGUCGAUUUCUUGACAGUGCAUGGACGUACUAGACUUCAGAAAUCAACAGAGCCUGUCAACUUUGAAGGAAUCAAGCUUGUCAAGGAGUCGAUCAAUGUACCUGUGAUUGCCAAUGGCAGUAUUUUCUCAUUGAAAGAUGCGGAUGAAAUGUACGAAAAGACAGGCGUGGAUGGUGUCAUGUCUGCUAGAGGUCUGCUGCAGAAUCCAGCCUUGUUUGCAGGACAUGAAUACACACCUUGGGAGUGCAUUGAAGAUUAUGUCAAACUAGCCAUUGGAUACGGGACAAACUCUUUUAUUUUCCAUCACCAUUUGAUGUUUAUGUUUGAGGAUAUCAUGAGCAAUGCAGAGCGCAAGACAUUCAACACACUGUCCAGCAUUCCGGCUAUUUUAGAUCAUUUGGAGGAUUACUGGGGAUUGGAUGUGACAAAGCUUGUUUAA